CCUCAACUCAUGCUGUUUGGCACUUAGCAGACACGGUCCUGCCACCUAGUGGUUCCCUGUGGAGAAACAAGUGUGCAGUACAGGAUGGUACGUGAAAGUGAUGUGCUUCUUCACGCUUCCUGGAUUAUUCGCCCUCCAGGAUGGCUAAGGAGUGGACACUUCUGGUGCUCUGUGGCAUUCUAGGGUCGGGAUUGAGCGCGAAGCCAUCGUGGUUCAAGAACAUCUCAGCCGAUCUUUUUAAAUCGCCUGGAGAUAUUCUGGUAGGAGGACUUUUCCCCAUUAAUGAACUGACCAGUGAUCUGAGCAAACGGGUGAAGCCAGACGAUCUUGAGUGCAACAGAAUUAGCACAUAUGGUUUGUCCCUCACAUUGGCGAUGAAGUUCUCUUUGGACGAGAUCAACUCGAAAGAGAAUCUCCUCCCUGGAAUCACGCUGGGAUUUGAGAGUUACGACACCUGCAUGCAACCAGCCGUUGUCAUGAGGCCCGUCCUCCAGCUUCUCACAAAGGAAUCGACAGAAGAACUGGAUGUCACCUGUAACUACACCGACUACAAGCCUCGUGUUAUAGCUAUCAUAGGACCAAGCAACUCUGAGUUGGUCCCAGUUAUUGGCAAGCUGAUUGGGUUUUUCUUGAUACCACUGAUUAGCUAUGGUGCCACCAGCGACAUGUUCAGCGACAAAGAGACCUUCCCGUCCUUCAUGCGCACAGUCCCUAGUGAUCGCUGGCAGGUAGUGGCCAUAGUGCAGCUUCUGAAACAGUUUGGCUGGAACUGGGUGUCAGUAGUAGGUAGUGACGAUGAAUACGGACAGAAGGGUCAGCAGCAGUUCUCCAGUAUGGCCAAUGAGGAGUCCAUCUGUGUGGCAUAUCAGGGUUUGAUUCCUGUAUACAGUGAUCCUGUGCAAGCGGUGAACGAGAUUCUCAAUCGCAUUGUGGACGCCAAAGUGGGAGUGGUGGUGGUCUUCUCUCUCUCCAAUCCGGCCAGAAACUUCUUCAUAGAGGUAAUCAAACGAAACAUGACAGGCGUUUGGGUGGCAAGCACAGCAUGGGCUCUAAACGAACUUGUAUCCACCCUGCCUGGGAUCAAUUCAAUAGGAACAGUGCUGGCGUUUGCAGACAUCACCAGACCUCUUGACCUCUUCACUCCUUAUAUCCGUGAGCUCUUCACCAAAAUGGAAGGGACGCAAAUCCCUCAGCAGCCAGAUACAGAAAUCUCUCCUCUGGACAACCCUUGCACAAGAUGCAGCUACCUAAGCCAAGCCAACGUGAGCAUGGUAGAGAUAAAACUCGUGCAGCGGUCAGUUUUCAGCGUGUAUACUGCCGUCUACUGUGUGGCACAUGCGCUGCAUGACUUGCUUGGAUGCAAUGCCACCCACUGCGCUCUUAAUCCCAAGACUGACAAUGUUUAUCCAUGGCAGCUGUUACGGAGUCUCCAAAAAGUUUCUGUAGAUCUUGAAGGGGUCAAUUUUAAGUUUGAUAAAGAGGGUAAUCCAAGUUUUGGCUAUGAUGUUAUGCAAUGGAACUUUAAUGACACCACUGUGCUCUUCGACGUAAUUGGAUACUUUUAUCAGAACCUCACGAUUAAUGAAAACAACAUAACAUGGCACACAAAAAACGGCAAGGUGCCAAUGUCUAUUUAUCCACUGAAUGCCUUUUUUCCCACCGUGGCCCUUUCAGUCAUUCUUACCAUUUCCCUUCAGAUUGUGUGCAUCACAGAAUUCCCUGAAAAGUCUUCUGAUCAGCUGGAGAAUAUACGAGGACGGGGAAGCUUGUUUGUGAUUCUGGGAUGUUGCGGGGUCCAAGCAGGACUGUGUGGUUGGUACGCCCAAGAGGCUCCCUCUCUGACCAAAUACGUCGCCAGUUUGGAGGUGACCUACGUGAAAACCUUUUUGCGUUGUCCAGUGGAGCCCAUGUUAAACUUCGGCUUGAUGCUUGGUUUCAAUGUUAUGCUGGCACUGGUGUCAUUCAUGGCCACCUUCAUGGCUCUCAAGCCGCCUGGACAAUACAACCUGGCCAGAGACAUCACCAUCUCCUCCUUGAGUUACUGUGUAAUGUGGGUGAUGUUCAUUCCCAUCUACACAAGUCUAAAUGAUAAAGAUAAGUCUAUUGCUCAAGUAGGAAUCAGUUUACUUAGUAAUAUAGGGUUGGUAGCAGCCUAUUUUUUCCCUAAAUGCCAACUGUUAGUCAAACACCCAGAACUUAACACAGAUGAUCACUUCCGUACAUUUUUAGAAGGGGUCCCACCAACACCACCUGAAGAAAGCUAGAAACAACUGCUAAAUUAUCAUUUAAUAAUAAUAAUUAUAGUUAUUCAAAAACAAUCUCUAAUUGCAUAUAUAUAACAUUUCAUAUAAUAAUACAAAAAUGUCACAUGUUAAUAAAGGAAUAGCUAAAUAUUAAAAUUAUUAUAUUAGUCAGCCAU